AUGUCUUCUGCACUCAGCACGUCCUUGAAAAGGACAUCGAUGAUAAAACAUGUCCCCAGGGCAUUGUCGUUGUCUCAGCACAAAUUAAUCCCGUUCCUGUACCGGGUUAUUUCCAAUUAUGGAACGGAGUCAACAUCCACAACGCCUCCCACUUCUGCGACGGAUCAUAUCCAGACAAAGCUGCCUCCGGCAUUUGGGACGAAGAACGCCCAGCGAUUCCGCGAAUUCAAUCUUGAAGGACGCGUGAUAGCCGUUACAGGCGGUGGGCGUGGUUUAGGGUUAUCCAUGGCAGAAGCUUUGAUGGAAGCCGGCGCGAAUGUAUGGUGCCUCGACCGCCUCGAAAAGCCCGACAACGAAUUCAACGCCGCCAAACGACGCACGGAAUCCUCCUACGGCGGGAGCAUGCACUACGCGCGCAUCGAUGUGCGCGACAAGGAACACGUAGACAGUAUCCUGGGCGAAAUCUCCUCUCAAAACAGACGUCUAGACGGCAUAAUCUGCAGCGCCGGCAUAAACCAUCUCCACCCUGCAAUCGGCCACUCUCAAAAGGCACUCGAAGAAGUCAUGGCAAUCAAUUAUAACGGUGUCUUCAACUCGGCUACUGCAGCGGCAAAGCAAAUGUUUGAGCACAAAUGUCCCGGGUCCAUAUUAUUGGUUGCUAGCAUGAGUGGUUUGAUUGCGAACAAGGGGAUGACUUCGCCGGUGUAUAAUUCAUCAAAGGCUGCUGUUAUUCAGCUCGGGAAAUGUCUGGCGAUGGAAUGGGGUCGGCAUGGGAUAAGAGUGAAUAGUCUUUCUCCGGGGCAUAUUGUCACGCCUAUGGUUGAGAUGGUCUUCGAGAAGAAUCCUUCUGCGCGCGCGACUUGGGAGGCGGAGAAUAUGUUGGGUAGACUCGCGUCGCCUGAAGAGUUUAGAGGUGCGGCUUUGUUUGCGCUCAGUGAUGCCAGUUCGUUUAUGACGGGCAGUAAUCUAAUUGUCGAUGGUGGACAUACUGCUUGGUAAUCAGCUCUCAUGUUUUGUUUUCGGCGACGGUAAAUAUGUUAGCGUCGAGGCGCAAUUCGCAUUCGGAUGAGCAUGUUUGGCGAGAUGGCGUUUCUUUUUU